GGGCGGGCGGGCGGUGCCAGGCGCAGAGCCCGUCCCUCGGCCGCAGCGUGCCCGCGGGCAGUGCGCGCUGCCGCGGGCCAGGGCUGAGGCGCAGCAGCGGGCGCCUGCACCGGUCUCGCCAUGACUGCGGCGAUGCGGCAGCGGUUUGACCGGUUCCUGCACGAGAAGAACUGCAUGACCGCCGUGCUGGAGAAGAUCGAGAGCAAGACCGGCGUCAGCCGCACCUACAUCGCCAUCGCCGUCGUCGGGGCGGUGGCCGUGUACCUGGUGAUCGGCUACGGCGCCUCGCUGCUCUGCAACCUCAUCGGCUUCGCCUACCCCGCGUACAUCUCAAUCAAGGCUAUUGAAAGCCCCAACAAAGAUGAUGACACACAGUGGCUGACUUACUGGGUUGUGUAUGGUAUUUUCAGCAUAGCAGAAUUCUUCUCUGAUAUCUUUCUGUCCUGGUUCCCUUUCUACUACAUGCUAAAGUGUGGCUUCUUGUUGUGGUGCAUGGCUCCAAGUCCUUCUAACGGGGCAGAGUUUCUCUAUCAUCGAAUUAUCCGCCCUUUCUUCCUGAAGCAUGAAGCUCAGCUGGACAGUGUUGUUAAAGACCUGAAAGACAAGGCUGCAGAAACUGCAGAUACCAUCACUAAAGAAGCCAAGAAAGCAACAGUGAACUUGCUGGGUGAAGAGAAGAAGAGCACUUAAACUAUUAACUGGAUAAAGAAUGUUUCCCUACCACCUCCUUUAUAAAGCUUGAUGUUACUGGGGACUGUGGUAUAACUUUAAUAAUGUUGCCUUGGAAACAUUUUGAUAUUAAAGGAAUGUGUUGUAAGUUUGCUUACUACUUUGCUGUUGUCUGUAUAGAAAGUAAGCAUUUUUAUUUAAAAGCAAUGCAGUGGGCAACAUCUGAAGCUUACUGAAAAUAUUUUAUUCAUCUUCAUGCAGAAGAAAUCUUUCAGUAAUCACCUUCUGCAAUAACAUAAAUAAAAAGUAUAUAUCCCACAGGCUCUGCACUUUAGUUGUCUCUUUGUGCAUGUAACUACUCUUAACACUUUAACUGUGUGGUUUAACUGGUAACAUAAAAUUUUUGUAUGAGGAAAAUAUAGCCUGAAAGGAUUCUCUUGAAUACGCAGGGAAUUAUUGAGAGGUGGCAUAAUGGAUGUAUUCCCCACUAAUGAAGUUGUAAAUGAUGAAACUGUUAUAGGCACCUGGUAAUACAGAUUAUUCACUGUUGCAUGUUUCACUGUAACUUACAGUAUCUGGUACAGUGCGUGUAUUCUUAAAUUGAUGGAUAAUAAAUAUAGGAAAGAGUAACUUCAUUCAAGUGAUCCAGCUUACAUAAGUGUGAAGUAAUUUGCCAGAAAUGGAUGCAUUAAAUUGAGAGCACAGGAUCAGUAAAGUACAACUCCCUGCCUUUUCUUGCUAAAAGUUGUCAUCUAAAAUUGAAAAGAGAGUGCCUUGUAAGAUCAUACUCAAAAGCACAAACCACUUUUCACUAAGGAGCGAUGCUAUUAUAAGCACUUUUUUUCUGAAGUCCUCUCGAAAUAGUUACGGUCCUUGAUCACUAUCAUCAAUAAUUAGCACCACAACCUCUGUGAGCUUUUUCUGCUCAUAAAAAAUCUGCAGUCUGUUCUGAUCGUACUAAGAACAACUCUGCAUGAGCACUGACCCUUCCUGAGGAAAAGGGAUGUUGCUGUCUGUCUAGAUUACUUGAUGAAGCAAAGUUGUUACAAGAAUAUAUUGUUUCGCAGUUCUUGGAAUAGAACUGAAUUCAGAGCAUGGAGAAGUUUAAGCUUAAAUUUUUGAUAUGAUAAAAAGUGAUUUCUAGGUCCACUAUCCUAAAUUGAUUAGGUUGUAACCUUAAGAUAGGUGCUGAAGGCUUUUGGCUUUCCACAACAAGUUGAUAUAUAAACCUCUCUAAAUUUUCAGGCACUAGAACUGUAAAAGAAUGAAGCAUGCACUUUUAUUUAGCAGAUCAGUUUUAAAUUUGAGAGAUACCUGUUAUAAGAACAGAUGUAAUAGUGUCGUAAGAGUAAGGUCUUCAGACUAAGCUGGAAAACACAGCACUGACUCUGUAAGACAGCACCUACAGCUGUCAAAGAGCAACUACAGUAGAGAAGCAGGAGAUACACCGUGCAUCAUUUUCUGUCCUACAGCAUACAUGGUUUGUCAUUUGAAGAAAGAAUACAGAAUACUGCAGUAUGUAAAUGAAUACAUUUGGCUGAUUAUUCAAUGACAGCCUUUUGUUAUGAAUAGAUGUACUGCAAACAGUGAAGUUUACAGCAAAGCUCCAGAUGUGAGCAAGUAGAAAAUUCUAAGUGACUCACAAUUUAAUAACCACAUUUCUUGUCCUAGCUUCCUCUGUCUUUAGCCCACUUAAUAUUGCAAGCCAUACUAAAGCCUAACAUUGUGUUUUAAAGUUACAUGCAUAUCAGUCAUAUGUGGUCAGUGUAAUUUAGUUUUAUGUCAUAAAAUAAAUUACCUUAAAUAAUGAUACUUGCACUUAAUACUGUAUUUGAUUUAGGUACAAAGUACUACAAAAACUGCUUUUCUAAAAGCUGUUGGUAAGUCUGAGAUUUUCCAGGACUAUCCAGGUUUGCAGCAGACACAAAACUUAAUUCUUGAACAAAUCAUCACUUCUUUAAAAUUCCACCAUUAUCAAUGAGAUAAAACACUUUCAGGUAACUUACAGUGAACAUUCAUUUACAUUUCUCAGAGAACUUAACAGUUGGGCUUUAGAUGAACUUCCUAUCUUUACAACCCAGUAUUUCUUGAUCCAGCAGCUAAAUUUGUGCUCCUUAUCAGAUUUCUACUUGAAGGUACCAAGAACUACCACCUGUUUGAAAGUUGUUAAUAUAACUUGAUCUUGUUUGUUUGCAUUGUUGCAAACAGAAAUGACCAUCUGCCAUUUCUUUUCUGAAAGACUGAGAAACUUCUGGGAAGACUUUAGUUAAAAGUAAACAUGCAGUACUAACUGUGCAGUCUUAAGAAAAACAGUAUUUUCUGCAGCAAGUUACCCUUUCCUGCAAAUAACUCCACUGGGCUGGCCCCUCGUAUCAGUGCUCUUUUCAAAGUCGUUUUCACGACAUUUAUGGGACAAUGUUAAUAGACACUUCUACUCAAUGUCUGUGCUGAAGUUGUAUAUGCUAAAUAAAAAUGGAUACAAAUAAAGAGAUUCUGACAGGA